UGAAAAACUAAAAUAAAUAAAUAAUAAUAAUUAUAAAAUCGUGCGUGACGUAACGCAAACCUUGACCCACCCCCUUCCCAACGUAACAGGACCGUAACGCUUGGCCUGACGCCCCCCCCCCCCCUCCCUCCAAUUUGCGUUACGUAAUUUGUGUACGCCCCCUUAUUUGGUACUUAUUAUGCAUGCAUAUAUUUUUACAAUCCCAUAUCUAGUCUUAAUUUUAUAUAUUAUGUCACACUUAUUAUUUAUAUUUUUAAGUUAUGUAUAUAUUUAAAUUUUAACCAUAAUUCCUGAAUUAAUACAAAAGCAAAAUAAGUCAAAACAAUAAAUUAAAAUUUAAAUAAAAAUAAGAAGAAAAAAUUACAAUUGAAAAAUACCUUGUCAAAUUAUUAUCAUUUAAAAAGUCAUUAAUAGUGUAAUACGCUUUUUUUGUAAGCAAGUUCUUUAAUUAACGUUUAAAUAUAUGGUGUUUUUCUUCGGCUUUUAUACUUUCAGGGAUUUUGUUAUAAAUUAUUAUAAACCUAACACUUUGGAAGUGUCUCUCGCGCAAACUAUUCAGUUUAGAAAAAAAUGAUAUUAGAAACCUCAAUAUCAUUUUUAAAGACCUAUCCAUAGAUACCCCACACGUAUGGGUUUGAUGAAAAAAGAUUUUUUGAACCCCCAAAAUUUAUUGUUUUUUUUUUUCUAAUUUUGUGUAAAAAUCUUAAUGCGGUUCAAAGAAUACAUCUACUUACCAAGUUUGAACAGUAUAGCUCUUAUAGUUUCGGAAAAAAGUGGCUGUGACAUAAACGGACAGACAGACGGACAUGACGAAUCUAUACGGGUUCCGUUUUUUGUCAUUUGACUACGGAACCCUAAUAAUACAGUAAUAACCAAAGAGCAUAUAAUCACUACGUUCUAAUAAUAAUUGCAUAAGACGUGAGUUGGCACAGUGGCUGCUCGCAGCCACUGGGUAGACAGCGGCGUACACCUCUCGACACCCCUGAGCCGCUCAUACCGGUGUUGAGCCAUCCUAGAUGUCGCUUUUUGUGGGGGCCCAUCUUGUGGGGGCGAGUCACCGUCUGCCGCAAAUAAAAUUGAAUACGUUUUAUUAGGCAGGCGUCCGGUUUUUUAUCCCAUAGCCCAGUAUUUAGUCCAUCGCUUUCACCCAAUAGCCCAGUUCAUUUUAAAUUCCAUCAACUCUCAAAUAGUCCUUACACCCUGGCGGGUGCUGCCUCUGCGUGCGUCCCAUGACGCGGGCAAGGGCAACAUCCGCUAGGUGUAUCCCUUACAUUUCAUUAAAGUGUCAAAAGGGCAUCUACGCGUUGGCUUCGGCUCCACGCACGCCUCCAAAAGGUCCGGAACACCAUUGUUCCGUGAUGGGAAAGACAUACAAAUAAUAAUAAUAACGUGGUAAUAACUUCCCGUCCGCUAAAACACGACAAUAAGGGUUCGAAUUGUUUUAAUUUGAAUUUGACCAUAACGAAGAACUUCCUGUACUAUUUUUGCUACAAUAAGGUGAACAUUUCCGAGCAUAUUGGAGAAAAAACUAUUAUGACCACUAUUAACAAAAACAGGACGCCAAAACAAACCUACCUAUUUUAGUAUAAAAUGUAAAAAAAGUAAGGUAUGUGAGCCCCACAGAUGUCCUUGUGGGCAAUGGUCGAAUUUAAUGGGCACCACGGUCUCAGUUGUAUGCGGUGUGCGGGACGAAUACCAAGCUGUUAAUGAGCUGAUUCGACGUGCUUUGAUCUCGGCAAACAUACCCUGUAUUUUGGAACCCCCUGGUUUAAGCCGUACGUAGAUGGCAAGAGGCCGUACGGUCUAACACUGGUCCCGUGGGCAAAAGGCCGGAGCCUGCUGUGGGAUGCCACACGUGUGUCUACUUUUGCUCCCACUCAUGUAAUCCACACAAGAAAGAAGGCAGGUGUAGCGGCUGAGGCUGCUGCUAAGUUUAAACACAGCAAAUACGCCAACCUUGGACCAGUGUAUGACUUUAUUCCGGUCGCUGUCGAAACGGUUGGGCCAUGGUGCGCAGAGUCAGGGAGAUUGGACGCCGGUGGAAGGACAGAGGCUGCGACCCCCGGGCUGGAUCUUGUCUGGUCCAACAAAUAUCCUUAGCUAUUCAGCGUGGCAAUGCAGCCGGCAUAUUUGGAACGUUUGGGCCAGGUAGGGAACAGUUCGUGGCUUAAAAGUUAAUUUUUGACGGGGCUAGUUUAUGGGGUACUUUUAUUUUAUUAAUUUAUAAUGACUUUGUGUUAACCAUUUAGAUUUUAGUUAGUUUUAUUUUAAUCUACUGUUUCUGUGAAAUGAUUAUGUCAAUAAAUUAUUCAUAUUUAUAUAAAUGCUUUUAUAUAUAUACGUAGAAAACACCCAUGAAUCAGGAACAAAUACCCGUGUUCUUCACACAAAUAAAUGCCCUAUAAAACGAUAAUCAAGUUAUUCUUAGACUUGAAUUGCUUAAUACACAUUGCAUAAUAACACAUAUAUAAUUAAAAGAAAGUGAAUAAAAAUCAAACAAACAGACAAGAACUGAAUGAAGUGUCUCAGGUUUUUUGCUAUUGCUCGCAUCAUGCUGUUAUAUGUUAUAUUUACAGGUGUUUGUUGGUUAAAAAUAGUCAAGACAGAUCUUGAAAUUACAUCACAAGUAAAAAUAAAUGCAUUGUAAAAAAUAUUUUCUAUACAGAACUUGGCACACAUGAUCUCAAUUACUUUGUCCUCGAAGUCAACUACUAUAACGUAGUGAUUAUAUGCUCUUUGUCAACUACAAUGCAUAUUCUCGUACUUCAUAUUGAACUUGGCUCUCAUUUCAAAUUUAUGUUUUUGAUGAGUCACACUUAGUCGCAUACAUUUAAAGUCACUGGUUGUUUGUAAAUGUUGAAUAUUUAAAUAGUUUUUUCACGAGUUAGCCUGAUAUCCGCACUUCUCCUGGGUCGUAUAUUUCCAGAAAUAAGUGAGAUUUUCCCGCGUUUUUACUUAUUAUUGAUUUCAUACGUAUUUUACCUAUAGGUAUAUGCUGGACUUGCGAAUUAUGGCUAGAUCUUGCGAAUUAUGGCUAGAUUUGGUAUACAAAUUUAUCCGCACUUUUCCGUUCUUAACCCGUUUACAUAUGUAUGGAUUAUAAAGCAAUGGUUCUCAAAUACUAGAUUCUAUCAUAUUAUGAUAUUGAUUAUUUUUACAGGCGUUUAGUAAACUUUCAUAAUAUAUGCCUCUUGUAUAAUAAAAUUUUGUAAGUUGCAGACCGAGUACUAGCCGCAUGAUGAUUUACUUUAGCAACGAACAUUCGUUAAAUUUUCAUUAUGGUAACGUUUUACUUGGUAGAUUAUUAUUAUGACAUAUUACUAGAUUGAUUUUUGAUGAUUUUUUUCUGUUUCGUUUCUUUAGUCAUGAAUGAACAGUGUAUGUUUUGGAACAGUCGGCACUUACCCCAACAUACCUUACAUACAUUAUUUGAAAUAAUUGAAGAUGUAAGUCUGCUCUGUCGCUCUAAACAAAUGGGUAGCCAAAAUGGGUUGUUUUUUGUUUCAGUCGGAAGUAGAGGAAUAAGUAUACAAAUAAUAUCUACGUGGAGGGAUCGAAUAGGUGAUAUUGUAUAAUAAAUUCUACGAGUACGUUUCUUAGGCAGGUAGUGAAUGUCACUAUUGUUUUGUUUUUUAGUUAUCUGAUAAUAUUUAUAGCAAACGUUUUUGCUCCUAAAGGCUCCACCUAUUCCGAUCACUGCCAGUAUACAUUUUAAGAAAACAUUUGUGUUAUUAUUUUAUUAAUUUUACCAUUUUACAUGUAAGUACUUCUAUUUAUGAUAUUAGUUAUUUUAUUUAAUAUAUCACGUCCCAAAUCUCAACAGUUUUUUUUUCAAUUAAUAUUCUUCCAAGACUAACAAAUCAUGCACUAAGUAUAGCGUUUUUCAGCGGCGACAAUGCGGUCACUGCGAUAGAGUGUCCCCUACAUAAGUAUUCGGUCAGUGUCAAAGAGGAAAGUAAGUCAGUGUGUGGAUCGGGAUUUGGACAUUAUUCUCUUUGGACUUUGCUUUGGACCCUCUAAAUUAUAGAAAGUACAUAACGUACUUUACUCUUUAGAAAGUACUCUUUGCUGUUUACCUGACAUGUGAAUGAAAAAGAUACCUUUGUGACACUGACAUUACAUUAUUUUGGAUAGCAGUAGUGAUUAUAUGCUCUUUGUUGGAUAGUUUUGGCGUUGCGAAAUUAAAUCUUAAAAUUAAUCAUCACACAAUCAUGGCACAAAGGAUACCUCAUCGUAAUUCCAUGGACACAAUUCUUACAUUCGACAAUAGAGACAAUCAAAGCGAGUGGUCGGUGGAAUGGUCGACAUCGAACGUACCUGGCAUGGACAUGGCCGCAGGCACGGCGCCGCGACGCGACCGCGGGCGGCGGCGCUUGCGGCUCAGCGCGCUCGCGCUCUCCUCCUGUCUCACCAUGCACUGUCGGGUCGUGGGACCCGCGCUCACCACCGGCCUCUUGUACUACCUGUUCUUGGUUGCGGCGGUCGUGGUUCUAGCCAACCCGAUGCGGCACUUUGAGGUGUAUCUCGGCCAGUGGAGCAUCAGCGGGCCGGGGCGCGCCUUCCGCGUUAUUCCUAUGCUAGAUGGUAUUGGCCUGGCGAUGUGCAUUACCUCUAUUGUACGUGCGAUCAACUAUUGUACCAUGGCUGCGAUAACCAUGCUUUACGUGGUUUACUCGGCGUCAGAUUCUAAACUACCCUUUACUUAUUGCAGAAAUUGGGACUUAAUACCGUACAAACCAACGAUAGAAAAUACUUCAGUCUAUGCGCUUUCGGGGAGGCGGUUUAUGGAGUGCAAUGAAAACAGUAAAAUUUGUAGAUACACGACCGUGGGGUUGCGCUUUCAUGCUUGGCGAGGAGGAGGAAGCUCAAAAGGAAUGAAGUUCGAAUUACUAAAAUGCAACGAGACAUACCCUGGGCCAUAUCCUUUUUUUUAUAGUCCUCCUCCUUACAACUACUUUUACUUGGAACUAGUUCGGAUGCCACUGACUUAUCACUUUGGUGCCUUCAACAUACCGUUGCUUAUAUGCCUGAGUUGUAUGUGGGUGUUUAUGUGGUGUCUUAUGAUUGCUGAACGCGUCACGCAUGGAAGGUUAGCGUGGAACAACUUGUAUCCCUGGGUCGUGGUUGUGCCAUGGAUCUGGGUGGUGUGUCUAGCCGUGGUGGCCUCAAUGACCGUGUCGGCACCGAAGAGAGCUAUAAAGCAAAUUUUUAAACUUGGCAAGAUUGAUAUUUUUUCGGGUUUGACAGAUGCCUUUGUAGUAUCACUCUACAUUCACUCCGCUGGCUCGGGCACGGAAAUAAUUCAUGGCAAAGGUCUCAACCACUAUGCGUCGGGUCACAUCGACCCGCUUCUGAACUCUGACAACGUGUGGCACUCGGGGAUCGUGCUGGCGUUGACGGUGCUGCACGCCGCCGCGGCCACCGUCUGCGCGGUCGGCGACGUGUCGCACCUCGACGUGGCCAACGUUUACAAUACACGCGGGAGUAUCAUGUGGGUGAUACCCAUGUAUUCGAAAUGUACUGCGCAGGGUAACUAUUCCCACACAAUGUCUAGCAUAAUUUUUGCUGGUUUAAGUUUUUCGUAUAUCGUGGUGGCCUAUAUGUUAAUCAAGACGGCAUUACACACUAUCUUUGAAUAUAAAGUAAAAUUAGUGUUCGUGGAGCAACAGUUCGUGUUGGCUAUGAUCUGUUCUUGCUUCCUUCUUAGCCUGCCGUAUGCCACUACCGGCGGCCUAGCGCUCUUGGAGAGUGUGGACUCUAUGAUCACGGGAGUGGCGUUGCCGGCCGUGUGUCUGAUCGAGUUGGUGGCGCUCGUGUACCUGUACCGCAGCCCCGACUUUCGCUCCGACCUCAAUAUCGCCACCGAGGAGAACACUUGCAACUCACGGAUUAACACGUCGUGGACGUUUAUACCGGUUGUAGUGUUUGUGGUGUUAAUAGGCCAAAUAAUUUCGGCGAGUCAAACGGAGCUGCCGUCACUCGCUAUGUACAUCGCGCUGGCGCCGCUGCUGGCCGCGGCGCUUGCCGUGCCGCUGCGUGCGCUACACAACGCCAUCGCGUUUAUGCGCCCUGCACCGCGCCGCGGCGUCUGACAUCACGGACAUGUGAUUGUACAUAUUCUGAUAUAAAAUCAACCGAACAAAUAUAUUAAUUAAAA